CCGCGAUGACCAGAAGAGGACCAAAACUCUACCGAAAUCAACGAUGAUUUGUGGCAUAAUAGUAAUAAUAAUCGACGUCCGGAUAGAACUCAAGGUCGACUCAUCUUGACUCGUCGGGUCCGAGUCAUGCUUUGUUUUUCGAGUCCUGUUUCCGUAUCUGCUGUAGAGCCUCAAUUGAUAAUAUGACUCUGAUUGUUGAUAUGGAUGCAAUGUUUUGAGCAUUUUCUCGUCUGCAAUGCAUUGACGUCGCACUUAGGUCCGGAUAGCCCGUCGAGUCAACUAACAAUUGCCCCGCGGAUGCAACAGCAAAAUACAGCUGCAUACGGGUGCACACCAAUUAUAACAGCUCUUCAAAGUGCUUUAUAAAGUGUCAUGUUUUGAGUCAAUUCCUCUCACUUCCAGUCGAACCAAGUCAGAGGAUCUCACACACGACAUGCCUGCACUUACCACCGCUAUCAACUCAUCUUUCGGGCUCAACGCCUACACCAAGGCUUCGAAGGUUCCCAGGAAUGUCCGGGACGCGCUUUCGAGACAUCCCAUUGACUCCAACUGUAUCCUCCCGGCGCUCCUCAAAGCAUUGGACGUUGAGCGCCUCUCUCGUUCCCCACCAUCCGGCCAGCUAUGGAUUGUAUGUCAGUCCGCCUUCGGCAUAGAGCUCGUGGUUUCCUGCACGAACAAUCCACUUGGAGAAUACCCUAUCUUCAUCACCAGCCUCUACCAGUUGCCUAAUGCUGCUCUCCGAUCUCGCAUCCAAGAGAUUGCAAAGCUGCUGUUGAGAAUCACUGGCUCGAGACGCGUUUACAGCGUGUUUGCCCCAGACAGCAUUGCUGACAUGUUCUCUGAAGCGUGGUCAGGCCUUACACGAAUCCAAGCAUAUCCUAAGCCUUACUACGCAGCGAAAUUGUCUUACUGCACUCGGGAUACCCUCAAUGACUACGAUAAUGCUCCCAACUACUACCUUCGCCCUGCCCAGGAUAGCGACCUGAACGAUGUUGCUCGCCUAUGUCAUGGGUUCGCAGACGACUCCGCUCCUUUCUUCCUCAGCGAGGAGGGGGCUUAUUUAGAAGCCGAGCACCUUAUCCAAACCAAGCAGGUAUGGGUCCACGCCGCUUCCAAUGGUCGUCAAACCGCCAUUGCUUCCAUCGUCGCGUUCACUAGGAAUAGUGAAACCAACGCCACCAUCACUAAAGUUUUUACCAACCCUGAUUUUCGUGGGCAGGGUUGUGCCAAGCGACUAGUUCGUCGCGUUUGCGAGCAUUUGCUAUUCAAGACUGGCAAAAGCUCUGUCGCGCUCUUCGUCGCCCAUGAUAAUGCACCUGCCUCGAGGGUCUAUCACAACGUUGGGUUCGUUGGACUCGACGGGACGGAGCGUGACAGUCGUCAGGCUCCUUCGUGGAAGGAGAUUGGUUUUGACCGCAAGAAAGUCGAACUCGGUCACUGGUAAUUGGACGGACAAGUGUUGGCAGUGGAACAUCAUCUCGGACAUAAUUUUUCCCCAGGCUUUUCUCUUCGUUUACUUCUUUGCCUCCACCAAAUCCGUACACCACAUAUGACUGAACAUGAUGUACUUAUUAGAAUCGCCCACCUCAGCUGUAUUGUUAGCUAGAUGCUAGUAGAUAGACAUGUAUUCUACAUCCAAUACUAAUAGAUAAUAAUUUACCGCAAAUUUACC